UGUGCAACGUCGCUAUAAAAGCGAAGUAAAACAGUUAACAAUUUUAAUUGAUCGUUUGUGUUCGUAGAAACUUAGUUAACAGAAAAUAAAGGCAAACACAACAAAAGUAAGAAAUGUUCUUCGAAAUUGUUGUAAUCGCAGCCUUGUGUUGCAGCAACGCGCUAGCCAAAGUCGACAGAUACGAAGGCUACAAAAUCUACGAGCUCACAGCAGAGAAUACCGUACAACAGGAGACGCUCGUAGGUUUGGCACAAAACGAGGCGUAUGAUUUCUUCUUGCUGCCACGCAUUCUGGGACACCCCAUACGUGUGCUGAUAGCACCAGCAGAUCAAUUGCAAUUCCAGCAAAAACUACAGGCGGCCGAAAUCGCUUAUACAAUAGUGAACGAGAACUACGCCAAGAGUGUUGCAUCGGAGCGCAAGCGAAAUAUUUUCCACGUCAAGCAGCGUAUUUCGACGCCUAGCAGCAUUUCAUUCGACCGCUAUCAGCGUUACAACGACAUAACGGCCUAUCUGAAAGCGUUAGCGAAAAACUAUCCAAGCCGCGUUAAUCUAACAUCGAUCGGCAAUUCGUAUGAAAAGCGGCCGCUACACACGAUCACCAUCACGAAUGGCGAUGGCGUGGCCAAUAAGAAUGUCAUACUAAUGGAUGCGGGUAUACAUGCGCGCGAAUGGAUCGCACCCGCAGCUGCGCUAUAUGUCAUCCAACAGUUGGUGGAGAAUUACGAGCAGAACUCACAUUUAUUGACUAACUACGAUUGGGUGAUAGUGCCGCUCAUCAACCCCGAUGGCUACGAAUACACGCACACAGCAUCACGUCUAUGGCGUAAAACGCGUAAACCGGUGGCUAGACGUUGUAUCGGUACGGAUGCUAAUCGUAAUUUUGAUUUUCAUUGGGGUGAAGCCGGCACUUCCAAUUCGGCUUGCUCGGAAAUUUUUAAGGGCCUUACAGCUUUCUCAGAGCCAGAGACGCAAGCCUUACGCGAUUUGAUGCACUCGCUGACGGGUCGCGCGAAAUUCUAUCUCACACUACACGCAUUCGGCAACUACUUGCUCUAUCCGUGGGGCUACACUUCUGUUCUUCCCGAUAAUUGGCGCGACAUGGAUGAAAUUGCUCGUGCCGGUGCUGAUGCCAUUAAAAAUGCUACAAGUACCCAAUACACCGUGGGCAGCUCGACGAAUGUGCUUUAUGCCGCAGCUGGUGGCAGUGAUGAUUAUGCUUUGGCCAUGGCAAAUAUACCCAUUUCCAUGACCAUGGAGUUGCCAUCCGCCGGUAACGGUUUCGAUCCACCGCAAUCGCAAAUUGAGGAACUAGUUUCGGAGACCUGGAUCGGCAUUAAGGCUAUGGCGGAGAAGGUUGCUGAGAAGUACAAAUUAGAAGCAGCAAUAACUGCAGAAUCGAAAAUAGAAACUAGAAAACUAAAAUAUGAAAUAACGAGCCAUAUAUACGUGUAUGCUUAAGAAACGGUA